AGCAGUAGGGGUGUUUUGGUAAUUUUGUACGAGUGAAAACGAAAACGGAAAAUAGAAGAAAACGGCUGAUGCGGAAAUCAUUUUCAUCGCCGCAACGCUCGCCGGAACAUGAUAUCGAGAGUGAUCGCUGCUGCCGAGAGAACCAAUCGCGCUUCUUCUUCUCUUCCGAGCUUCUUCUCUUCAUGGAGGAUGAUCUCCAUGCUUGCUUCUUCUCCUCUCUAUGGCACCAGAGCCAUCGACAUGGCUGCUCGGGAUGGCGAGCUUAGGAUCUUCACCGUCGCUGGGGAGGUGUCUGGCGAUGCCAUCGCCUCUCGCCUCAUGGCCUCCCUCAGGAUUCUCUCUCCGUUUCCUGUUCGCUUUGCCGGAGUUGGGGGAGCUUUGAUGCACAAAGAAGGGUUGAAGUCUCUGUUUCCAAUGGAGGACAUCUCAGUUAUGGGCCUGUGGGAGUUGUUGCCAUACCUUAACAAAAUCAGGAGGAGGUUGAAAGAAACUGUAGAAGCAGCAAUCUCAUUUCAACCUCACGUUGUAGUGACAGUUGACUCAAAAGGGUUCUCUUUUCGGUUCUUGAGGCAGCUUAAAGCUAGGUCAGAUUGCAAACAAAGUGCUUUGCAUGUGCAUUAUGUAGCCCCAUCAUUCUGGGCGUGGAAAGGGGGUGAAGCUAGGUUGAAAGGGCUGCGCGAAUUUGUUGACCAUUUGCUGUGCAUUCUCCCAUUCGAAGAAGAAGUUUGUAGAGCAAAUGGAUUGCCAGCUACAUAUGUUGGCCAUCCCAUGUUGGAAGAUCAUGUUCACCUUAAUGAGGAGAUGGAUGGUUCAGUUGCAAAAUGGAAAGUGCAAAGAAAUGGCGAUGGUUUCCGACAGGAGCAUGGACUUUCCCCGGGUGCCACUGUUAUUACCUUACUUCCUGGAAGCAGGCUACAAGAAGUCAAGCGGAUGCUCCCCAUUUUCUCAAAAACGGUGGAACAGUUAAAAGACACAUUUACUGAUUUAUCGACUAUUAUUCCUCUUGCACCCAAUCGCCAGGUGGAGACCUAUAUCAAUAGAGAGAUUCAGUCUUGGCCAGUGCCGAACGUUUUGAUAUCCGGGUCCUCACUAAGCAAAAAAUACGAUGCAUUCAGUGCAAGCAGAGCUGCACUGUGUACUUCUGGAACAGCUGUUAUGGAAUUGCUGCUUGCUGGGUUACCUUGUGUAGUUGCAUAUCGAGCUCAUAUCUUAACGGAGUGGCUGAUUAGGUAUAGGACAAUGUUAAAAUGCAUAUCCUUGCCAAAUAUUCUUCUGAACUCACCCAUUAUUCCUGAAGUUCUUUUCCAGGAGUGCACACCUAAUAACCUUUCCAUGGCCCUUAGCAAUAUAAUGCUUGACGAAGCUGCCCAUGAACAGCAAAGAGCUGCCGCUAUGGAGGUCUUUGAACUUCUCUGGCCUUCAAAAGGAAAUCCUGGCAGUUCAUUAAUACAAGAAUUGGGAUCCUCUUUACCCAGUUGCUGCCCUAGCAUGGUUGCAGCUUCAACUAUACUUCACUCUGUGGUGAAGCAAUGAAGAUGAGAAAACAGGAGGCAAUAUUUGGCUGCUCAAAGUUAAAAUGGAUACUUUUGCAGUAUAUGUAUAUAUCCUUGGAGAUGUUGAUGGCUUUCAGUUGAUUUACAAUCUAGUUUUCAUUGAAUUAACUUGAUGCAAUUUUGAGGGGAUUUGUUUAGUUUUGUGUUGACAGGUUUUGUAUGUGCUUUCUCCAAAAAUUUUAAGUUGGAGCUUUUUACUAU